UAUGGCCCGCUUGCAAUAUUGUGCCUUGCGCGGAACUGCACGUAAAGCGUCUUUGACCUGUUCGCUAUUAGCAUGCGCUCGCUUACGUAAUUGGCACGAAGUUCCGUCUCGUGAGCGCCAACUUGGCGGCCCUGGCGCCACGUGGUCUUGGUCCUGCUUUUUAAGCUCAUCGAGGGGGAGGGGUUUUGAAAACGCGGAUGACGUCGAGAUGGCCGUGACGACGGCGCCGCGGAGGAUUCCGGAAGAAUCUUUUGUCGCAAGGAAGUGAAGGCUAGGAAAGAGCGCUGGACUUCAGGAGCUUACUCCGAAGUGGAAAAGUUGUAGUUUGGACUUGAAAUCAAUUUUUGGGGCACCGUUCCGGCACACGGGAAAAGAUCAAAUAUGGCGUCUGUUCGAUAUCAAAUGGGACGGCGCGAGGACGACACCGAGCACGUUUUCGGUUGAUUUUUGCACUUGUCGCCGUGAGGGCAACUGGUGAGCCACAAUUGUUCCCAAGUGACUUCGGGUGAGACGCGCGAUACGCCAAACCCACGGCGAGCUUUUCGCCGCGUUUCUGAACGACGACGACGACGACGCGGUGGCAGGCGAUCGUGGCACCCGAAACCCGAAAGCCCGCCGCCGCCAGACGAUCCCGAGCAGGCCGAACAUGUCAUUCGGCUGUUGUGAUGAAGACGCUUGCUAUUUUCUUCUUAAAUGAGGCGUUCAAUUUAUUGGAAGUCACGGCGCGUACUUUCCCUCUUUGCGAAGAAGCGCUCCAGCGACGUUUGUUUGUGGUCGUUUUAGUGGCGUGUUUAGCUUGUCGGCUUACUGGGACGUGAAAAAGGAAAAGAAAAAAAAAAAAUGUUUAAAAAGAAAAAAGUGAGACGCAGCAAGUCCUGGAAAGACGCCAAGUAGGAUUUCUUUCGAGCAAAAAAAGGUGCGUUUCUUUUCUCCUCCCUCUGCGGCCUGCUCGCAAACGACGGACGGGGAUUUGGCAGUUUCGUUCGCUCGCGACUUUUUGAGCAAAUAUGUUUUCCUUGCGCUAGCUUAGAAUUGUCGAAGCCGCUGUAGCACCGUUUGCGCUCCACGUCGCUCCCAAAGUCCCAACACACGUCGUCUUCCUGCGAGGUCGUGAGGGUCGCGGAGGCCCGAGUGCGCGCGCAAAAGCGGCCCGGUCUCAAACCGGGAAAGGAAUUUGGUUCCGAAUCGAAUGUUUUGAGUUUUAACAAGUCAAAGAAAAAGUCGGGUUUUUUUUUUUUUGCACGUUCCAAUGAGUUUUUUUAAGAGCACCUAAUUAAUUGCAUUGCCAUCUUUCAGCACAAGCACUUUUUGGGAUAUUGACCUUUUUCUGAAAAAACAAAUUAAAAAAAUGAUGCUUGAAGCAUCGGCUCAAGCGUCAUCCUAUCCUAUCUUCUUUUUUUCCCCCGACGUUGUCCGGGGCGCAGUUUUUCUUCCGCCCGGCCGGCUCGGGUCCAGUUAGGCGAGACCCGAAUCGGAGAAGCGGUAUCGCAAAUGCACGUGGAGCUCAAUCGGCAUUUUGGUAGGAAACCACAGAAAAUUGACGACAAGAACGCGCAGUCAAGCAAAAGUUGCAAUGAGAACUUUGAAAAAGCAGAUUUGGGGUUUUCUUACAUCCCAGAGAUGUUUUACAGAGAUCACAAAAAUCUUUUUAAAAGGGGUGUGGAGACAACAGGUCACGUGGCAAUGGCUCCAAAAUCCAUACUGUCAUUUUAUUUAUUUAUUUAUUUUUUUAAAUAGCAGCCAUGACGACCACGUAAAAUGCGUAAUAGAAGUGCCCUGCCCACUUUGUGCCACUUUAGAGUUACACAAGAGCGCUCGGAGGAUCUCAUUUGAUCCAAAGGAUUGCUUUGUGGCUUUUCCUUUUUUUUUUCCCUUCUUGCGUAGUUGACGCCCCGAAAAUUCGCACUGAUCAAGGACGCUUGUGUGAUCGGCACGUUUUUGUCAUUUUGCUUUUUCCACGCAGAUGCGAGCGGCGGUGAAGCAGCAGCAGCAAAGACUUUGGCGCUUUUUACCUUGUAGGGGAAAAGCGACUCGCUUUUUUUUUUUGGUGGGGGGGGGGGGGGGGGGGGGUUUAGUUUAGUUCUGGGGAGGAGGUUCAAAGCUCAUCUCACUUGUUUGGACGCCUCCGCAGUCGAGCUGAGCGCUGAAAAAAAGAAAGUGACUUGUUAAGUGGCCAAAAAAAUAACAACAAAUACUACUACUACUACUACUACUAAUAAAGACAAAACAACUUUUGGGAAAUGAGCCAAAGUAGCAAACAGUCGUUGUCGUCGUCGUCGUCGUCGUCGUCUUGUCGCGCAUUUUGGCCGUCGGGCGACAAAGCGCCGGCCGGCGAAGAUGUGCCGCCGACCGGCUUAGCGGCCCGAAACUCGGCAGGAGGCGAGACGACCGGCGCCGGCACCGGCACCGGCACCGAGGCCGGGAAGCGGAGCGGCGCGCAGGCGGCGGCGGCGGUCGCCCCUCGCAAGGAUUCUUCCCACGCCAUCUCGGAGACCGCCCGCGAGCUCUGCAAAGCCGUGUCCGUGUCCCUGGGGCUGUCGGCGGACCCGAGUGACGCCGGCGACUCGGCGCUCCCCUCGCACCUCCUGGCCGCCGGCUGCUCGUACCGAGCGAAGGGGGGGGCCGCCUCCAAGUACCGGGGCUCGUCGUCGGGGCGCGAGGAGCGCAACGCCAUAUUUCCGUCGACGUCGACGUCGGCCGAAUGGCGCGUCAUUCCGGCCGCUUUGGGGCGCGCGGAGUUCGCGCGGCGAGACUCGAGCGAGUUCACGUGCGAGCUGCUCGACUUGCCCGCGUGCGCCUUCGCGGCGCCGGCGGGGCGCCGAGCCUACAAGCCCCCGGAGGAGUCCGCCGUCUUCGGGCAGGACGCCGGCGGCUGCCAGCUGGAGCGCUUCGGCGUGGCCAUCAAGUCGGAGGUCCCGAAGGGCCCGUCCGUGCAGGCGCACUGGGCCACCGACUGGGACGCGUACGACGGCCCCUGGCAGUGCGCGACGCCGCCGCCGCCGCCGCCGCCCGCGCCCGCGACGGCCUUCAUCUGCGAGCCGUACGAGAGGAGCGCCGGCGCCACCGAGCAGUGGUACCCGCCGAGCGGGAUGUUGGGGCCGCCGUACGCCACCGGCAGCUCCAUCAAGACGGAGGCGGGAGAGUGGACGGGGGUCGCCUACGACGACCACAGGUUUGAGACGGGCAGAGAGCAAAUGUUCCCCAUGGAGUUCUUCUUCCCGCCACAAAGAACGUGCCUGAUCUGUUCGGACGAGGCGUCCGGCUGCCAUUACGGUGCGCUCACCUGCGGCAGCUGCAAAGUUUUCUUCAAGAGAGCCGCAGAAGCACGCAAGCUAAAAAAGAUUGGACAACCCAAAAACGCUAAAGAGGAUAAACCCGUUCAGGAUCCAGCAAAGGUUGUCAGGCAUCUCGGCCCUGAACAAAUCCUGACCUCCAACUCGCAGGCGGUCUUCUUGAACAUCCUGGAGUCCAUCGAGCCGGAGGUGGUGAACGCGGGCCACGAUUACGGCCAGCCCGACUCGGCAGACUCUCUGCUCACCAGCCUCAACGAGCUUGGGGAAAGACAACUUGUCAAAGUGGUCAAAUGGGCCAAAGGACUCCCAGGUUUCCGGAAUCUCCACGUGGCUGACCAAAUGACCGUCAUCCAGCAUUCGUGGAUGGGCGUGUUGGUGUUCGCCUUGAGCUGGCGCUCCUAUAAGCACGCCAACGGCCAGAUGCUCUACUUCGCGCCUGAUUUCAUCUUCAACGAGCAGCGGAUGCAUCUCUCCACUAUGUACGAACACUGCGUCCGAAUGAAGCACCUGUCGCAGGAGUUCAUGCUGCUGCAGGUCACGCAGGAGGAGUUCCUCUGCAUGAAGGCCUUGCUCCUCUUCAGCAUCCUUCCAGUGGACGGUCUGAAGAACCAGCGGUACUUCGACGAGCUGCGCCUCACCUACAUCACCGAACUCAACCGGCUGGUUAGUUACCGCAUCACGGCCAAUUACCCGCAGAGGUUCUACCAACUCACGCGACUGCUCGACUCGCUCCAGAUGACUGUAAAGAAGCUGCAUCAGUUCACGUUUGACCUGUUCCUCCAAGCUCAGUCGGUGCGCGCCAAUGUGAGCUUUCCAGAGAUGAUUGGAGAAAUCAUCUCAGUCCAUGUACCAAAGAUGCUGGCAGGUUUGGCCAACCCCAUCAUGUUUCACAAGUAGAACGUGAUUAGUUUGAUUUUGUACAAAUUUUUUUUUUUUUGGGAAGCCCGCAAUCAAGAAGUAACACAGCUUUGCUGCCAGCAUAAACUGUAACAAUGGCUUUGUACUGUUUCCUAAACUCAUAUUCAUGUUCUCUGAUCAUUUUCUCAGAUAUUUUAAGCCAUAUUAGAUUUUUUUUGUUCAGAUCAGCUCAAGCUUGUCCGGUUCGGUUCUGUGUUGUCAGUCCGAGCUGAGAUGCUACAAAGCAAACACGCACGCAGUCUGCAAAUCAACCUCACACCUACCAGAAGGCUGAAAAACAUAUUCCACACUCUCCAGACACUUCAUUAGGCACACCUGCGCAGUCAAAGCCGAGAAGAUCCGAUACACGAGGUGCCUUCACAAAGGUGCUAUUGCUCUGUUCUAUUUGACACUGUCAGAUUUUACUCACUCUCACUCGUACGGCCGCUCUUCGGUAAAAGAUGGGCCAAAAGCAUGCUUGACGGUUGUGUUUUUGUCGCCGUGGAAGGACAGUCAGGGUUGCGCACAUGCACUGCGUACUGAACACUUGCUCCUUUUGUACGCCCAAAGUAAGUCCACAGCACGGUUAGCAGAGGCUUUGGGAUGACAGUAAGACGAACGAGGGACAUAUGGUAAUUGUACAAGUGGCGUACCUCAGGAGUCAUGCACAAGUACUCCACAUUUAGGAGUACUCCAAAAACAGAAGUGCAUCGAACUUUUGUCUUAUGUGUGGUGUGCGCACAGACUCUGUGGGCAACUACACGAAUGUAGCAUUGCAGAAGAAAAUGGCCGGCGUUAUACCACCGCAAUGACUAGGACGCUGAUCUCUCUAGGUAGCUUCUGGAAGCUUGAGGGGAGAGAGAAGGCGAGAUGUUACCAGUUGGCUACGGCAGCCCCAUUUGCCUGAAACGGAGUACGCGCGGUGUAGGAUUUUGGCAAUUUUGACAUUUGUCGUAGUAGUGGUUUAUUCCGAACAUAUUCAAGUCUUGUUAAAUUUUCUCCUGGUCUAUAUCUCAGUAUCUGUGCCGGGAGACGGGCUGCUGCUGAGACCCGCAGGCUCAAAGCGGAUCGUACAAUUACGGUUUGAAUCCCCCCAAAAUGUGUAAACACUGUAAACGCAUGGAAAGGGUUGACAGUUAAAUGCAAACCAAAAUAGUACCAACAGCUCUCGGAGCGAUGCGGUUACGUUCGGCACCAGGGCAGUGGCGCCAACUCCAAUAAUAAUCAAUAUAUUGUUAAAUGAAUAGCUUUCUAUCAACGUCUGUGUGUGCGGAACUUUGCUGAAACAUUUUUGAUAGUGUUUUGUAUUGCAUCCGUUUUGGCCAGUGAACAGGCACCAUCUGGUGCUGACUACUUGGAGAAAAUAAGAAGCUAAUUGGAUUUUUUCUUUUUUUUUAUAAAAAAUGUGCCUCUUUUGAUUGCUACUCCCAAGUCAGCCACUCUGAUGUUGGAUGUACUUUUUAAAAGAAGACAUACAAUGCAUAUGACAUAAACUGGAUUUGCACUGUAGGUCCAAGUGCCCAAUUCAAAUUUCAUGACUCCUUUUUUUUUUUUUACAUUUCAAGUGACACCUAUUUGAGAAGGCUGAGUUUACAUUCCCUUGAACACACGAAACAACCUGCAAAUAAGUCGGCAUGCGCCAACGCUGAGAUAACUAAUGCAAAUAUUAAACGUUAAUAUGAUGAAUUCAUUAAUGAUGUCAUUAUAUUUGAACAAAGAAUAGAACAUCAUUGAAUUCAUGUUUUUUGAAGGCCCUUUAGCAACUCCUAGGCAGGGACUGUUAAUAGUUUAGGAUUUUUAUUGAAGGACAUUCUUAUUUUUCUGGGGGGUUGUUGGCCUUUGAAAAAAGAUUGACAUCCAAAAGAAAGGUAGAAGUAGUAGAAGAUGGAGAGAGCGCAGAAUUAUUCAUGUUCUCUAUUUAAACACAAAACAACAAAUGCCGCUGAUGUCUUUUAUGGCAAAUUUGAUUUCUCAUGCUUAUAAAAUUAAAGUUAGUUUAUUCCAGAUUCAGUGUUGAAGCAAAAUGCAAGUUUUACAGUUUGUUGUAUGUAAAUGAUGCCUUUUGGACUCCAUGAUUGUGUUCAUUGACAUGCACAUGAAUGUAUUCAUCACGUUGUCAUGUCGAAGCUCACCCUAUACUGCAUACUUCAUUUGCUCAAUGGGAUUUGACUUGCUUGAUGUUUCUAAAGAAGGGGAAUGGCUGAAUGUGUCCAUUUUGACAGCGUUUAUAUCCUCGUGAAAGCGGAGUUUUGAAUCCGGCUUUUUGUAUUGCGUCUCAUUGCGUCGCGCAGGCGUGUAGCCAAUGUAUUUGUGGCGGGCAGGCUUCCCUUCAAAUUGAAACGGAGUUGCCUCUUGAGUUGGAUAGGGGGGGGGGGGAAAACGGAAUAAGUUGCAGUCGAAAAAGUUCGAUGUACUCACCGGCGCCUUGGAGCUGCGCUGCAAGGAAGUGGAGCAAACGACUUGAUCGGCGCCAGAUAUCGUCCUCAUUAGGGAAGGCGAGAAAUGUUCCAACGAGACGACAGCCAACUCUGAACGAGAAGGGAGAAUGACAAGAGUGCCCGAGUUGCUUCUGCCAUGAAAGAAUGGGCGCCGUCGAUGCCUUGAAGAUAACAAAUCGGUCCUCAACAUGCUUGUCUACUUUCCAAUUCGAACAGUUCACCCAUCGGAAAAAUAUCGACUACCGUUGUGCACUCGUCUUUGACAAACAAAGAAAAUCCACCCAAAAAAACAGAUUUACUUGAUUUUUAAAAAAAUGGCCACCCUCACACUGGAUAGGAAUUCUUUCUUUUCUGAACGCUUCAACCUAAAUAUCCAGGACCUGGAUAUUGAAUUGGAACUUAACAAAAUUGAGUUGCAUUAAUUUGCAUUUGCAUCGAUAUGUGCGCCUGGCUCAAGCGAACCAGUAUGUAGUAUCGUAUGUUACUUUUCUCUUAACAUUUUCUGUUGCCUUGAAAAAUGCUAAUUUUUGAGACAUCUCUAAAAAAGCCAACAACUUAAGGUGGAAUCUUGCUGAUUUCUCUGCAAAUUCGGAUAUUCUUGGUGAGAAAAGAAACAAGAUUUGCCUGUUUGAAAAUCCAGUCGACUAUUUAGCAGAGACUUCCACCUGCUUUUGAUACAGUGAUAUAUCGCAGUAGCAGUUAAAUAAAGAACCCCUCCAUCCAUCCAUUUUCUUCCGCUUAUCCGAGGUCAGGUCGCGGGGGCAGUAGCUUUAGCUUUAGCAGGGACGCCCGGACUUCCCUCUCCCACUUUAUCCGGCCGGCUCUUCCGGGGGGGAUCCCGAGGUCAGCGUUGUCCUGGGUCGUCCCCGGGGCCUCCUCCCGGCGGGACGUUCCCGGAACACCUCACCGGGGAGGAGUCCUAAACCACUUCUUCUGGCUCCUCUCGAUGCGGAGGAGCAGCGGCUCUACUCUGAGCUUCUCACCCGUUCUCUUAAGGGAGAGCCCGGACAUAGGUGAGGGUAGGAACGUGGAUCGACCGGUAAAUCGAGAGCUUCGCCUUUCCGCUUAGCUCCUCCUUCACCACAACGGACCGAUACAAAGUCCGCAUCGCUGACCCCAAGAUACUUGAACUCCUCCACCUGGGGCAGGAUCUCAUCCCCGACCCAGAGAGGGCACGCCACCCUUUUCCAAUUGAGGACCACGGUCUCAGAUUUGGAGGUGCCGAUUCUCAAUCCCAGCCGCUUCACACUCGGCUGCGAACUGCUCCAGUGAGAGUUGGAGGUCACGGCUUGAUGAAGCCAACAGAACCACAUCAUCUGCAAAAAGCAGAGAUGCAAUACUGAGGCCACCAAACCGGACCCCCUCUACGCCUCGAAAUUCUGUCCAUAAAAGUUAUGAACAGAAUCGGUGACAAAGGGGCAGCCUUGGCGGAGUCCGACCCUCACCGGAAACGAGUCCGACUUACUGCCGGCAAUGCGGACCAAACUCUGAUUCCGGUCGUACAGGGGAGUUCGGCACCCCGUACUCCCGAAGCACCCCCCCCCGAGGGACACGGUCGAACGCCUUCUCCAAGUCCACAAAACACAUGUAGACUGGUUGGGCGAACUCCCACGCACCCUCGAGGACCCCGCCGAGGGUGUAGAGGCGGUCCGCUGUUCCACGGCCAGGACGAAAACCGCACUGCUCCUCCUGACAACGAGUGGGGUCGCCCUGUCGUUGGAACACAGCCUCCGGUCCCUCUUUCUAAAUAGGGGGACCACCACCCCAGUCUGCCAAGCCAGACUAAAUCAAUCAAUAAAUAAAUUAAAUAAAAUAACCCACAUCUAAUUGAAUAAAUACGGCGGUUAGGGUUAAAAACAUCGAACAUAUCAGUGAGUGUGAUAAUUGUGGCUUCUCCUAUUACUGUCUCCAUCACCAUUGUAUGUAAAUUCAUAUAUUCAAUGCAGUUUGUGGCCAAUGUGCACAUCCAUGAACGAAUCUCUCAAUAGACGCGAAAAGAUGGUUGCACCACAUUGAGCACAAAGCUCAUUUUCCAUCUGUGGGCCAACGAGUUUUCUACAACAUUCAAGUUAGCACUGAUUUCAAAAUACUUUUUUUUUUUUUUUUCUUUUUUUCUUGCACCUCCCAUCAGGCCCUCUGGUCUCACACUUAGAAAAUUGCUGGCUUUAAAAAAGGGCCUUUCCCUCGUCCUUCCUGUUUUGUUUGGCUCGGCCAAGCACGUCCCCGAGGCCACGGACCCCGACAGCGUGUUGUGGACGAACGUGAGCAGCUAAUUCCGAAUGUCCAGCGCCUUGUUGUACUUAAGUGUUUCAGACCACCUGCACCGAUGAAUGGAAAGCAAAAGGGACUGCUUUGAAAAUGUGUAGAAUUCCUGAUGAUCUUGGACAAUCAAUGCUGAUCCCGCAUGAUGUUCAUUUUGGCCGUAUAUGCUUUUCACCGACGAAAUGUAAACGCAAGUGACACUCCACGAUGUUUUGGAAUAGCUAGUAUGUGCCCAGUCCACUGCAGAUUCAACUGCUUCACUUGUACUCUUGCGGUAUAUAUAUUGCUAAGUGGUGCUUUUUGGUGUUGUGAAACCAUUUUCCUGUUUGAUCUAUAUGAGCAAUGCGAAUGUGUUUUUGUACAAUGUUUUUUAACGGCUGCUUCGUCUUUUUAAGGCAAUUAAAAUCAACAUGACAACAAAAGAGGCUUUUAAACAAAACAAAGCCUUUCCCCUCGCGCUUCCUGUUUUGUACGGCUCGGCCAACGACAUUCCCGAGCGCACGGACCCUGACAGCAUGUUGUGGACGAGUUCGCUGACAAAUGGGAACAGCUAAUGCGGAAUGUUCAGCACCUUGAUGUUCUCGCACAUACGCGUUUCGGACCACCUUUGCUGCGACGUGUGGAAAGCAAAAGGCACUACGGGAGGAUCUUUGACGACAAUUGGGACUUUUUGGAAAAUGUCUAUCAAUCAAUGCCGAUCCUGCAUGAUGUUCAUUUUGGCCGUACACGCUUUUGGCCGACGAAAUGUAAAUGCAAGUGAAAAAAAACGCAGACUCCACCGUGUGGCCCGCAAUGUUUUGGAAUAGCUGGUAUGUGCCCAGUCCAAUGCAGAUUCAACUGCUUCACUUGUACUCUUGCGCUAAGUGUUACUUUUGGUACUUUUGGUAUUGUGAUACCAUUUUCCUGUUUGAUCUAUAUAACCAAUGUGAAUGUGUUUUUC